AUGCUGCAGCUCCGCUCUCAGAGCCGGCUGGCCCCGGGCGGGGCCGGGAGCGGCCCGGGCAAGGCCAGGAGGAGGAUUGCUGUGGUGUCGCGGGCGCGGUCCCGGAAGGCGCAUGAGCAGAACGCGGAGAAGAAGAGCUCGAGGCCCGCCUCCCUGCGGCGAGGAUUCGCGCCGGGCGAGCAGGCGUUCGCGAAGAUGGCGCAGAACAAGCCCAUGCCCGUGCACCACGCGCUGGCCGCGGGCUCCCUGAUUGGCACGGACGGCGACAGCCAGGCGCCCGCGCACGCCAGCGAGGAGGGCGGCCCUCCCCCGCGCGCGCUGGUGCUUGACGUGAGCUACCAGCCGAUCUACGUGAUCAACUGGCAGCGCGCCCUCACGCUCACGUUCAUCGACAAGGUCGACGUGGUGGAGUACUACUGCAGCCACCUGAUCAAGUCGGCGACGGAGGAGCACCUGUUGCCCGCCGUCGUGCGCGUGCGCCGCUUCGUCAAACGGCAGCCGAGGGGCGUGCAGCUCAACCGCCGCAACGUGAUGCUGCGGGACGGCUUCCAGUGCGCCUACUGCGGGCGCACGCGGGACCUGACGAUCGACCACGUGGUGCCCCUGUGCAAGGGGGGGGACUCCUCGUGGGGGAACCUCGUGACUGCGUGCGGGAAGUGCAACGGCAAGAAGGCGGACAAGACGCUGGAGGAGCUGGGCUGGAAGCUGGACCCGAUGCCGCGGGAGCCGUCGCCGCACCACGCGGCGAUUCAGUUGCAGAACCUCGGAGUGUCAAAGCGCGUGCCGGACGAGUGGCGGGACUACCUGCCGUUCCACGAAUAG